AUGCCACCCCCAGCGUCUGCAGUGGACUUUUCCCACCUGCUCAACCCGCACCCCGACAGCCUCGACUUGUCUUCUACUUCCAUCUCAACAAGUCCUCCAGCUUCCUCUUCCUCUUCCACCUCCACUCCCACCACCGACGACAUGGCUUCCUCUGUCAGCCUGCUGCCGCCGCUCAUCAAAGGCGCCCGUCCCGCCGCCGAGGAAGUGCGCCAGGACCUGCCACGCCCCUACAAGUGUCCUCUGUGUGACCGUGCCUUUCACCGUCUGGAGCACCAGACCCGCCACAUCCGCACCCACACGGGCGAAAAGCCUCAUGCCUGCCAGUUCCCCGGCUGCACCAAGCGCUUCUCGCGCUCCGACGAGCUGACCCGCCACUCGCGCAUCCACAACAACCCCAACUCGCGGAGAAGCAACAAGGCCCAGCACAUUGCCGCUGCCGGUGCUGGCGGCCAAGAUGCUGCCUCGUCCAUGAUGCCGCCGCCUAGCAAGCCCAUUACGCGUUCUGCCCCUGUCUCGCAGGUCGGCUCGCCUGAUGUCUCGCCGCCGCACUCGUACACCAACUACGCCUCGCAUUUGCGUUCAGGGUUGGGACCGUACUCGCGUAAUAGUGACCGCGCCUCGUCGGGCAUGGACAUCAACCUGCUGGCCACGGCCGCCUCGCAGGUGGAACGCGAUCACCACGGAUCACGCCAUCCUUUUAGUAGCAGGUAUUCUGGCGGCUCCGGCCGGCUGCCCUCGUUGUCGGCAUAUGCCAUCUCACACAGCAUGAGCCGCUCGCAUUCGUACGAGGACGAGGAAAACUACGCGCAGCACCGAGUCAAGCGCUCGCGCCCAAACUCCCCCAACUCGACGGCGCCCUCGUCGCCUACGUUUUCGCACGACUCGCUGUCACCUACUCCUGAUCACACGCCGCUGGCAACCCCGGCUCACUCGCCGCGUCUGCGUCCGUAUGGUGCCAAUGACCUGCAGCUGCCGUCGAUCCGCCAUCUGUCGCUGCAUCACACGCCAGCGCUGGCUCCAAUGGAGCCACAGGCCGAGGGACCCAGCUUGUACAGCCCUGGCCAACAUCACGGCGGGCCCAGCAUUAGCGACAUUAUGAGCCGGCCAGACGGCACGCAGCGCAAGCUGCCUGUUCCUCAGGUGCCGAAAGUGGCAGUCCAAGACAUGCUCAACAGUAACAAUUCGAUGGACAUUUAG